AGCAGGUGUCGUGGUAAAAUUUUUGCAGUUGGCGGUGUUUUGUGCAUCAUCCCUAAACUAAAUAACGGCGCAUUCACGCAAAUCCAAAUUCUAAAUCGACAAAAAUCUACACACACAAAAAUACACACACACACACACAUACCCAGCAAACAAAAUUCAAAUCGCUCGCGUUUCAAAAGUAUUUCCAAUCAAAAAGUUCCCCUCAAAAUUUGUGUGUGCAAAUUGACCUGAAAGUGACAAAAAGCGACCAAAAGGUCAAACAACACUAAAAAAACAAAAUUGCCCUCGCAAAAGGAUUCACGAUCCCAAGGAGAACUCAACACAAAUAAAUCUAUAUAUAAAUAACGGCAUUGAUCGCAACGACAGAUCACACAGAAGUUCACCAAAGAACCGACAAAAAUAACAACAACAAAAACAGAGCUGCAACUAAAAUAAAGACAGAGAGAGAGAGAGAGAAAGGGAGAGAGAGGAGCUGGCCCACCAGAACAGCUUUAGUAAACGUGUUCCGUCCAUGGUUGAGUCCGCAAGCGUUCGGUGAAAAUGGACAAAGGCCGUCCGAGGUUGCCACAACUUUCGCUCAAUUAGCACAGGGAGCAGGAGCAGGAGCAGCAGCAGCAGGAGCAGGAGCCGGAACAGAAGCCGCAGCCGGAGCCAGAGCACAAAGAAAGCCGAGAAAUUUGGCUACGAAACGGCUAACUGUAAAUAUUUGCGAAUCUGCAGACAAAGGCAACACAAAGCAAGCCCAAACAUAAAGGAAAUAAGGAAUUAGCAACAAAAGGCAGCAGCGUGGAUCGAGGAGACCAUUAGGAUAAAGCACACACACACCCACACACACUCACACCUACACACACACCAUAGAGAUUGAAGAAGUGAGGAAGCAGUAGCAGAAGCAGACACGAAGUCAAGGACACGGCACAAGUUCCUAUAAAUGACCGAGUCCACUCAGCUGCAAACGGCGGAGAACAACAACGCGGGCGUGGUCAAAAUGGAGCCACCUCCAUUGGCGACCUCCACCAGCACCCAGCACUCAACGUCACAGCACACAACAGCACACUCGCACAGCACACAGCAGCACUCACAGCACUCGCUGGCGGCAACAGCAGCUGGCGGCGCCGGUACGGCGCUAUCGCCAGCGACGCCACCGUUGCUGCCACCGCUGGGUCACAAUUCGCAGCAGCAUUAUGCGCUUAAGUGGAACGAUUUUCAAACAUCCAUACUCAGCUCGUUUCGGCAUCUGCGCGACGAGGAGGACUUUGUCGAUGUGACGCUCGCCUGCGACGAGCGCUCCUUUACCGCCCACAAGGUCGUCCUCAGCGCCUGCAGUCCCUACUUUCGCAAGCUGCUCAAGGCCAAUCCCUGCGAGCAUCCCAUUGUCAUCUUGCGCGACGUUCGCAGCGACGAUGUCGAGAACCUGCUAAGUUUUAUGUACAAUGGCGAGGUGAAUGUCAGCCAUGAACAAUUGCCCGAUUUUUUGAAGACGGCGCAUCUGCUGCAGAUUCGCGGAUUGGCGGAUGUCAAUGGUGGUUAUCCCUAUGUCAAGGCUCUUUCCGCAGCCCUCAGUCACAACAACAACAACAACAACAAUGCUGAAAGCAGCAAUCACAACAAAAUCAGCAACUAUUUGCCCACAGCCAACAACAACAACAGCUGCAGCAGCAGCAGCAACAACAACAGCGCCAGCAACAACAACAACAACAUCAACAGCAACAACAACCAUAACAACAACAAUAGCCACAGUCACAGCCAGAAUUCACCGUUCAGCACUCCGCAGAUGCCAGCAGCAGUGCCAGCAGCAACAUCAGCAGCAGCAGCCGCCGCGGCAGCAGCAGCAUCGCUGACAGCUGCAGUUGCUGCUGCAGCAGCAGCGACAGCAUCGAAUUUGCCACGGGAUGGACAGCGGGGGGAGCUGGGCAGUGCGGCACAGAGCAGUGGAGGCAGCAGCAACAGCAGCGGCCCACCCGCCAUCCAGGAGCUAAAGGCAUCCGCAGCGUCGCCCGCCAGCAGCAACCAUUGGGAUCUGAGCGAUAUGGAGGGCAGUCGCAAGAGUCAUCUGACGCCGCCGCCCCAGAAACGCAUCAAGAGCGCCGAUCUGUUUCGUGCCCAGCAUGGCAUCAGUCCGGAGCGAUUGCUCCUCGACCGUGAGUUCCCCGUGGCGGGGCAGCAUCCGCUGACAAGGAAUCGCAGCCGCGACACAUCCAAGGAUCGCGAUCGCAGUCUCGAGCUGCGCGAAUCUCUGCUCGGCCAGGCCCUCGAACAGAACAGCAACGGACAGCAGGCCAAUCAGAAACAUGAUCUCGGCCAGAGUGCUGGCGAGGACUCGAACAGCAGCGAUACGGAACCCUCGGAUCGUGGUGAUGGGCAACAUGAUGGGACACUUGAUGGCAUGGACAAUCAGCGUUCGCACUCCUUUCCCAAUGCAUUCCUGGGCCUGCAGGGCAUUCCCGGCCUGUUGCCAGGACCUUCCGGCCUAGGCGGCAAUGAUUUCGUCUCGCGUCGUACGCUGGAAAUGCGUGUGCGUGCCACCGAUCCGCGACCGUGCCCCAAAUGUGGCAAAAUCUAUCGGUCGGCACACACGUUGCGCACCCAUCUGGAGGACAAGCACACUGUCUGUCCGGGCUAUCGUUGUGUCCUGUGCGGCACGGUGGCCAAGUCACGGAAUUCGCUGCACUCGCACAUGUCGCGCCAGCAUCGCGGCAUCUCCACCAAGGAUCUGCCUGUGCUGCCGAUGCCCAGCGCCUUUGAUCCGGAUCUCGCCUCGCGGCUGCUGGCCAAGGCCGGCGUCAAGAUAUCACCCGCUGAGCUGCGCGCCCGCGCCUCCCCCACAGGCGGCAGUGGCAGCAGCGGCGGCGGCGGCGGUGGCGGCGGCAACGGUGGCAAUGGCUCCCAUAAGCUGGACCUCAGCAAUGCCAGCGGCGGCCCAUUGGACGAUGGCGAGGAUUCCGAUGAUGAUCCCGAGGAUCUGACCACCGGCAGCAUGCUCUAUGGCGUCGGCGGCAGUGCCAGCGACCUCAGUCGCUACCACGAGAGUCUCCUAAGCAAUUUCGGACAUGCGAACACAACCAUUUCGCGGAUGCGAAACGAGGCAGCUGCAGCUGCUGCCGCAGCAGCCAUGGGCCAGCAGAAGGAUUUGGGCGCUGCCGCCGGCGGCGUUCAGCUGGCCAACAGCAGCAGCGCUGGACAAUCGCUGCUGGACACCUAUCUGCAGUUCAUCACGGAGAAUACGUUCGGCAUGGGCAUGUCGCAGGAGCAUGCCGCUGCAGCCGCGUUGCAUGCCGCCAAAAUGGCGCAAUUGAAUGCGAUGGGUCACAGUCUGGACAAGUUGCCGGCUGGCCUGCUGCCCGCCCAGUUCGAUCUGAGCAAGCUGACGGGCGCAUCAGCUGCCGGUGGCUAUGGCCAGGGCAGCGGUGGACUCUCUAUUGAACCGAUACUGAGGCGUGACCAGCAACAGCAGCAGCAGCAGCAACAGCAGCAGGGAGGCAGCUUAUCGCCGAAUGCAAAUGGAGCGCUGGCGCUCAGCACGGUGGGUCACAUGCAUGCGAACUUGGUGGGUGGCGUUGGCAUUGGCAUUGGCGAUGAGGCGGCUGAUGAGGUCGACGUCGAUGCCGAUGCGGAUGCGGAGGCGGAGAUUAGGCGCGACGGUUCGGAGCCAAUGGAUUUGGGCCUGAGUCUGGACAACAAUCAGUCGGGCAGCAACAAUGAGGCAGCCAAUUCGGAUGCCGAGGACAAUUACUCCGAGGAUGAGGGUGUUCAUCACACAUAAAGAGCAGCUGGAAGAGAGAGCAAAAGAUAUACUAAGCACAUAUAUAUACAUAUUUAGAUAUGUAUGUGCAACUCGAUCGUUUUUGAAGAGUCGUCAAACAGUUGUAUACCCCACAAAAAAAAAUGGAACAUUUGUAACGAGUAGCCUUAUCCUCAUGUAUACCAGUUUACGUGUACAAUAUACAUAUA